GAAAGUAGAGUUCGUCAACCCUCUUCCCUUCCCUUCCCUCCCGCUCCCCCCAUUCCGCUCCACCAAAAGCCACCGGUAUGGAAGAGCCCCACCACCACCACCACCCCCAGCAGCAUCAAGACCCUCCUAAGUCACCUACGGCCUCUCCACCAUCAUGCACCAGCAGCACUUGCGCCAAAUGCGGGGGCCCAACGGCCUUCCCUUCGCCGCCUCAAUCUUCAUGGCCAGAAAUGUCUCCGCCUCCUGCUUACCGCCCAAUCCGUUAUCCGGCUAUCAAUCUUCCUCCCAACAACUCCCAAGCUAUAAUCCUCGCUCCUGUCCCUCAAUCACAAAAGGUCCCUACUAUUUCCCCUCCUUACAACUUCCAAUCUCCCUCUAAGAAAAUUCAAAACCCCGAUGGUAUUCGCCACUUCCAGGAAUCCGCUUCCGGGAAGAACUUCCUCGGCUUCGUUGUUGCUCUUUCGGAAUCUAUCCGCCGCCACAAAAUCUCCGAUCCCUCCCAUGAAUCGCCCACCGUAAAGGCGAUACUCUCCAUUCUUCAAACCCUAAUGCAGUGGAUUGAGGAAAUUCCUCCGGUUCAACAAGCAGCUCGCUAUGGCAAUGUCUCGUACCGAACCUGGCAUAGCCGUUUGGAGGAAAAUAGCGAAUCGUUGAUGCUUCAAUUUUUACCUGAUGAUUUUAAAUCUGCAACGGUCGAGAUUGUUCCUUAUUUCACCGAUAGUUUUGGCAAUUCAAGCCGGAUUGAUUAUGGUACUGGCCACGAGACUAAUUUCGCAGCGUGGUUAUACUGCCUGGCAAGGAUGGGAAUUAUUAAGGAAGAGGAUUAUCAUGCUGUGGUGGCUCGCGUUUUCGUAAAUUACCUUGAGCUAAUGAGGAAAUUGCAAUUGGUUUACUGUUUGGAGCCUGCGGGUUCACAUGGUGUUUGGGGGCUUGAUGAUUAUCAUUUCUUGCCCUUUAUAUUUGGAUCAUCGCAAUUGAUUGAUCACAAGUAUAUGAAGCCCAAGUCAAUUCACAACGAAGAUAUUUUGGAAAAUUUUUCAAAAGAGUUCAUGUACCUUUCUUGCAUUGCAUUUAUCAAGAAGGUGAAAAAGGGGUUGUUUGCUGAACAUUCGCCAUUAUUGGACGACAUCAGUGGGGUGCCUAAUUGGAACAAGGUGAAUAGUGGGUUGCUUAAGAUGUAUAAGGCUGAAGUGUUGGGGAAAGUUCCCAUCAUGCAACACUUUCUGUUUGGGUGGCUCAUUAAGUGGGAGUAGAAUGUAUUAUCAGGCUCAAUAGGAUCGAUCAAGAGAAAGCAUUUUCCACCUGAUCUCACCGAGCACUAUUAAUGGUUGCCAGUUUAACUUAUCAUAAGCACUAUUAAUGGUUGCCAGUUUAACUUAUCAUACAUUUUAUAACAUGAAUUAAUUUGAUUUUCCUGCUCAACCUUUUUUCUUCUCUUGCCUCUUUUAUUGGCCAUACAGAUGCAGUGUCAGAGGUCAGUGCCUGCGUUUUUGUUGAACAACUUAUAUUUGAUGUUAGUACACAAAUUACAAAUUGAGUAGUUAAUGGGAUGAAAUUCUAUGUUAA